AUGUCGACAAAAAUAUCGGAAUCAUAUAUUCGGCUAAAAAUUAAAGAUAAUUAUCGAGAGAUUCAGUCAUUAGACGAAUCACUUUACAAUCAAAGCCUACAGUUUUCACAUCAGUUACUAAAGAGUCGUUCAAAGACUCAAUUAAUAUUUCCGGAAGAGAUCUACGAAAUUACUCGAAACAGUUCCAUAACUAAAGGUUUGUGUAGUAAACAGGCCGGCGCUGACCUACAUGUGCUCGUAAUGUUGGUAAGUCAUGUCAACAAAUUUCAUACACGUCUAACAAUACGACAGACGUGGGGCCGGGAUAUCAAACGUGACAACCGUUCGAAGAUAUACUUUGCUGUAGGGCUGUCCAACUCAACGGAUAUACAAAGAAAACUACUCGAAGAAGACAGUGUUCAUCACGACAUCAUUCAGUUCCCAUAUUUAGAUGAAUAUUAUAAACUAACCAUUAAAUCAAUAGCAAUACUUCGGUGGACAGCAAUGAACUGUCCAUUAGUCAGAUUUGUUCUGAAAUUAGACGACGACACUGUUGUGUUGGCCAACAAUUUAAAUAAUUUAGCCAUGAAUUUAGUUCCCGAUGCUAUUUAUGGACACCUAUGGCAUAAACCUAUUGUAGCCCGAGAUUAUCCGGAUAAUCCGUUUAAUAGGGAUAACCGAAAGUGGGCAAUUAGUAUCAGUGACUAUCCCAGCUAUAACUAUCCUGACUUUACUAGUAGUAUAUAUWUGAUCCCUGGUCAAUUGGCUUUAUCUUUAUACCGUACAGUCAUACAUAAAGCACUGCCAGCCUUACCGUUUGAGGACGUAUUCAUUACUGGAAUAACGGCUCAAAUGUUAAACAUUGAGCGCCGACCUAUGCCUCUACUUAUACGACGGGAUUCAAAAAGUGAUUGUAAUGUUGAACGCCUUGACCUCUGCUGGUACUCAAAGAGUGCAAUCAUAUGGCAAGCGAUUAAUGACACCUCAAUGGCUAUACUAUACAAUCGCAUUACAUUGACAUUACCCGAUAGAUACACUACUAGUGCUAGCAGUUGUUGUUGGGUUAGUCCUAUCAGUACUUUAUGA